AUGAAGAAAAUUGAAAGGUGCAGGGAAACACUAAGUUCCUUCCGCGAAAGAAGUGAUGCUGAGGAGCGCGAGCACCCGUGCGAUCCGCUCAAAUGGUUCAAGCUGUUGCUCCUUGAACCCGCUGACCUCCCUGCCGAGGUCGCUAUUUCAACUCAGAUACAGGAAGCCCGUCGUCUCCAGAAUGGAACAGGAAAAGAACCCAUCGCAAUCAUCGCAUCAUUUCUGCGCAAGCUCAGGGACCAUUCAGUCGAAUCCAUUCGACGUGCCAUAGGUGCGGACUUGCUCGAGCGAUCCAGGUUCCAGGUCGUUAUCACUCUGCCUGCCAUUUGGCCUCUAUACGCUCAAAACCGAAUGAAGCAAGCUGCUCAUCAGUCUAGUAUCUUAGAUGUACGGUCCGCUGGUACUACCAUGCUUGAAUUCAUUUCAGAGCCUGAAGCUGCCGCCCUUGCUACUAUCAAAGACAUGGGUAAAAUAUCAACCGUCAAGACUGAAGACACCAUUGUUGUCUGUGAUGCCGGAGGUGGCACAGUUAUAACGUUUUGGCUGACUGGAAUGCGACUAGGUGAUCUCUGCGGCGGAGUAUUUCUUGACGAAGCUUUCAUGAAACUUAUCAAGAAUAAAACACCCACCAUCCUGCAGUCAAAUGGAAGCAAGCCGUGGACUGCUAUCUAUCGUGGAGCUGUGGUGCAGGGGCUUCUGCGACACAACCCUCCUUCCGGUCUCGGGGUUGUUGUCGAGUCACGAAUCGCUCGCAUGAGUUAUGGUGUUAUGUAUCGCACACCCUUCGUUCCCGGAAAACACAAGAAGAAUGACCAGGUCUGGUGCGCCAUGGAACAAUUGUGGAUGGCCAAUAACCAGAUGGGAUGGUUCCUCCAAGAAAGAUCAGUUCAUCACGACUACUACCGUCUGAUAGACGGCGCUAUGGUCAAGAUUUCCAACGAAAUAUUCUGCUCGACGACUUUCCCAUCUCCCAGACGAUAUGAUGGCACCAAUGGGAUUCGGUCGUUGUGCAACAUUUCAUGGGACCAGAAGGUCAAGACCAGUUCGCUUCCGACAUUCACCAAUGACAACAACCAGUGCUUCCCAAAGCUUGGUUACCGAAUCAAGAUGGAGUGUGAUGACAGGAUUGUAAACUUCGCUGUCUACUUCAACGGAUAG